AUGCAGAGACCCACAGUGGCGGCAAUGAUGUCCCAAGCAGAGAAAAGGCUGUGGCGUAAAACCAGUGUUUUACGCCAGCCAAUAGAUGUUUGCCACAUCAGAGUUCACUUAAAGAAACAAUAUGAACUCAAAAAUAAAAAAGAGUUCACGCUCACAGCUUCCUCUGCUUCCUUCACGCCAUUCCUCCGCUUCCUUCACGCCGAACCUCCACCACCGCCCCACAGAUCGCCGGAGCAGAACGAGGAGAAGAAGAAAGAGUUCUCUCCGUGCCCUCUGCUUCCUCCUCUGGGGCUGUACCGUCCUUUGCUUGCCCAAACCUCCACCACACCACACACUGGAGCUCACUGCCACAGAGUUCGCCGGAGCUGUGCAUGGAGCUUGGAAACAAACCGGAGCCACCGUGAGCCACGAUGCAAAGGAGGUUCAACCUUAGCUGAUCUUCAGCGGGCUCUGGAAGAUUACUUGCCUGUUCUUUUAGGACUAGUUAAAGAUGGAAGCCAUCUACAAUACAAGGUACAAUUUGUAUGGGCAAAUCAGGAGGAUGACGCGGAGGAAACCGGCAUGUCUAAUGCUUGGUAUGAGGUGUUGUCAGUUUUGCACUUGAUGGCAAUGCUUUUGAAACAUUCCAUGAUCAAUUGAAGCACCAUGUAUCUUGAACUCAACUUAGGCUAAUGCAGCAAUGGAGUGCUUGUUUUUUUUCCAUCUUUUUGGUCAGAUGGUGGAGAAACUGUCAAAAAUGGAGCUAGAACAAUGGGCCACUACGUCUAAUCUGGAAUGCAAGAAUAAAUCUUGACAUAAAAACUGCUAAGAAUAUGAAGUUUUGGUGCUCUGCCAGGAAAAUAGUAGCUCUAUCAAAGAUGGCCUUCUCGGUUGUAACUGAAUUUUUUCAAAGUAGAACCUGUUACAAGCAUUCCAUGAUGUAUUGAAGCCCUAUCUUGUUGUCAAUAGGCUAAUUUUAAGUAUCAUUGAAACAUUGAAUGUAUUUUAUAAUUUUGACUCCUAGAGUAGUUUCAUUGUUCAUUUACAAAAACUUUUACAAGGAUUUAGAGUACAAACCAAGAAGAAUGUAAUAAAAUUUAGUUUUUAUUUA